UGUCCCCCCGAGGCGGCGCUGGGUCCCGCCAUCUUCGCUGCGGCACCACGAUGUGCCCGACGGCGACGCCAAACACGACAUCAUACAUAGAAAAGUGCGCGGCAUACUCAACAAACUCACCCCGGAGAAGUUUCAAAAGUUGAGCGAUGAUCUGCUCGGAUUGGAACUGGAGUCGGAGAAGGUGCUGAGGGGAGUGAUCCUGCUUAUAUUCGAGAAGGCAUUGGACGAGCCCAAGUACUCGUCUAUGUACGCGCAACUGUGCAAGCGGCUUAGCGAAGAGGCUCCUAACUUCGAGCCGCCCGGGCAGCCUUGCACCUUCAAACUACUUCUACUUAAUAAAUGUCGCGCCGAGUUCGAGAACCGUGCUCAGGCGUUCGCGGCUUUCGAAGACAAAAUACUAACACCAGACGAAGAAGAAAAACGACAUCUAGCGAAAUGCAAAAUGCUCGGCAACAUAAAAUUUAUCGGCGAACUCGGCAAGCUCGAGAUCCUGGCCGAGUCUAUCCUGCACCGCUGCAUCCAGAACCUGCUGGCGCGGCGCGCGGCCGCCGAGCACCACGAGGACCUGGAGUGCCUGGCGCAGCUGGUGCGCACGUGCGGCCGCGUGCUGGACUCGGAGCGCGGCCGCGGGCUCAUGGACCAGUACUUCGCGCGCAUCGAGACGCUGUCGGCGUCGCGCGAGCUGGCGCCGCGCAUCCGCUUCAUGCUGCGCGACGUGGUGGAGCUGCGGCGCAGCGGCUGGGUGCCGCGCACCGCCGUGUCGGCCGAGGGGCCCGUGCCCAUCCACCAGCUGCGCGCCGACGACGAGCCGCCCGGCCGGCGCGAGCGCGAGCGCGACUCGCUGUUCCGCGGCGGGCUGCGCGCGCGGCCGCUGGACGACGUGCUGGCGGGCCUCAGCCUGCAGCCCGGCGCCGCGCUCGUGCCGCCGCCCGACAAGCUGUUCGGCAACGGGUUCGCGCCGCGCGACGCCUUCCGCCAGCGCUCGGCGCCCGGCUACUACGCGCGCUCGCACUACAAGCACGCGCACGCCGACGCGCGCGCCAAGGACGCGGCGCGCAGCAAGGCGCGCGUGCCCGUGGCGGCGGGCGCGCUGCAGGACGUGCAGAUGCGCCCGGCCGCCAACUCGCUCAUGUUCACGGCCAACCGCCUGUCGCGCCCGCCGCCCGCGCCGCUGCCGCUGGCGCCGCAGAAUGUUCUCACGCCCUCCUUCGCCAGCGCGCCGCCGCUGAUGAAGGAGCCCGCGAUCGCUAUCAAACCGGCCCCAGACAAAAAGGAUAAACCAAAAAAAGACAAGGGCCUGAACAAGGAGGAGGCGUGCCGGCUCGCCAUCGAGGCGGUGAACGCGCUGGCGGCGGGCGGCGAGCGCCCGCCCUCGCCCGAGCCGCGCGACUCGCCCGACUCGCCCGACUCCACAGACUCCACCGACGCGGCCGACGGGGACGACGACGAACCGGCGCUGCGCCGCCUGCGUGAGUUGCAGCUUCCCGACAAGGUGCUGCGGCGCGUGAUCGCCGCCGUGCUGGAGCACGCGCUGGCGGGCGCGGCGGAGGGCGCGGACGAGCGCGCGCUGGCGUCGGCCGCGUGCCGCGUGGUGCGCGCCGUGAAGCGCGCGCCGCUGGCCGAGCCGCUGCGCGCGCUGCUGGCGCACGGGCCGCGCGCGCGCCUGCCCGCGCUGCUGGCGCACGCCGUGCGCGAGAAGCUGAUCACGCUGUCGGAGGUGGGCGCGUGGUGCGAGGGCGGGCAGCACCACCCGCUGCUGCUGGAGGUGCUGCAGGCGCUGGGCGCGGCGGCGGGCGCGGCGCGGCUGGCGGCGCUGUGCGGCGAGAGCAAGCUCAACCUGUGCGCCUACGUGGCCGAGCGCGAGGGCGGCGCGGCGCGCGCGCUGGCCGCGCUGGAGGCGCGCGGGCUGGGCGCGCUGGCGCCGCAGCUGCGCGUGCAGGCCGCGCUGGCGCGCCAGCUGGCCGCCGAGCCCGCGCCGCCCGCGCUCUACCGCUGGAUCAAGGCCAACGUGGAGCCCGCCGUGCGCCACGACGGCGCCUUCGUGUCGGCGCUCGUGGCGCUGGUGGCGGAGCACGUGACGGCGGAGGCGGGCGCGGGCGCGGCGCCCGACAAGGCGGCGCUGGAGCGCGAGAAGGCGCUGGCGGAGGCCUACGCGCCGCUGCUCACGGCGCUGCUGGAGGGCCGGCCCGACCUGCAGCUGGCCGCCGUGUACGCCGUGCAGCUGCACGCGCACCGACACCGAUACCCGAAAGGCAUGCUGCUGCGAUGGUUCAUGUAUCUGUACAACCUGGAGGUGUGCGAGGAAGAGGCAUUCCUGCGCUGGCGCGAGGAUGUCACGGACGCCUACCCCGGCAAGGGCGAGGCGCUGUUCCAGGUGAACACGUGGCUGACGUGGCUGCAACAGCAGGAGUCCGAGGACGAGGAGGCGGAGGACUAGCCGGCCGCCGACAGCCGACAGCGACACUCGACACCCGACACUGCACCUUUUAUUUGCGCUCAUCUCAUAUAAAUAUAAUUAAGCCAAAUAGUUUAAAUACCUACCCUCGUUACCCUUUAACGCUCGACUCGCCGCGCCGCCGACUCCAGUGUUAAAUAGGUCAAUUUUAGGUUAUACUAUGUACUAACGUAACGAAUGUUAGUGUCUCGAGAUAAUUUUUUGUAGGCCUUUUACUCGAUUUUGAUACUUUUACAAAACGUAUACAAUAUGUAUAAUAGUGUUCGUUUGAACGUAUGAUUGCACUUCGACCCGCCCCUCGACAAUGAGCGUAUUUUAGUUGAAAUUGUAAAAUAUAUCUAUCGAGAACUUAAAUCAAUUUUAUUAUUAUUAUCAUGAUCAUUUAUUUCCAAUACUAAAUGAAUGUAGUGGAUAAACUGUAAGAAUGCUUAAAUUUCAUUGUAUUAUCAGAUUUUAGAAUUUUAUAACGAAAUAUAUAGAAAAGUAAAAAAAAAGUUUCCUCAGACAUAAGAUAUGUAUGUUGAUUGAGUGAUUUGUAAUAAAAAGUUGUGAAGUGAUGCAAUGGUUAAACUAAGUACAAUGGUCAAUAUGUAUUCAGAAUGAGAAUAAACUUCAGUGUAAUUUAUUACAACGGUUGCUUUUUAUUUUUCUCAAAAAACGACGACCCGCAACUAAGUCGGGUUUUUAAAUUAAUAAACAAAUAAAACAUUAUGUAUAUAAGUUUUCAACGUUAUAACCCGUCCGGGGAUAGACUCGAAAAUAUAUAAAUAUAUAAUUCAAUAAUAAUAAUAAUAAAUCUUCAGAACACUGCUGUGCAUAUAUUAUAUUAUUUUAUUUUGACUGAAUUUUUGUUUAUGUUAGACAGAUUGCAAAAGUUAAUAUUAUAAUUUAUCAGAGAUCAUGAUCUCUGUUAUAAUUGAAACAUACACAUGUAUAUAUUAGAUACUAUAUAUUUGUCGCAAUAUAUUCUUACUCAAUAAACAACCUAUAUUUUUUAA